AUGGCACGUACUCGAGGAGGAGGAGUAGAGGGAGCUCGUCAACGUUCGACAGCUUCCACGAGGAGGAGAGUAGAGGGUCAUGAUGGUCAUUCUGUAGCUGAUACAUCUAUCUCAGAGGCACACAUUUCUAAGCAGGCAGGUACUUUGGACUCAUCACCUCCUAGUGCUCCGGAGCAGCCAUCUACUAGUGCUCCAGAGCAACCAUCUACUAGUGCUCCGGAUGAUACUACUGAACUAUUUUUGGGAGGCCCUGAAGAUCCAUCCAUUUUAAAGAGUUUUAAAAAUCAUGUUGCUGUUAGCAUAUGGGCAGGAGAGGAAAGAGGUGUAUUAAAGUGCAAUAGCCAUGGACAAAGAAUUCCUGAUUGGCCAUUGGCAAAUCAGCAACGCAUUUAUGAUAUUGUUGUAAGAUCUCAGUUGGUACCUUUGAUAGAAUCCACGUAUCGAUUUGUGAAUCCUACAGUUGUGUCAGCCUUUUCAGAAAGAUGGCAACCUGAGACUAACACAUUUCAUCUACCAUUUGGUGAGAUGACACUCACGCUAGAUGACGUUGCUACUAUUCUGAAGAUAUCAGUUUCUGGCAGCCCUGUAUUAGUCCCUCAUUUGACAGGUAAUGAAGCUCAGAAUUUACUUUAUCGUUUACUUGGGGUCUCAGUAGUAGAAGCAGCAGGCCAGAUAGCUGAGACUCGGGGACCGUAUGUGAAAUUAGAUUGGCUAAGAAGAACAUUUAUGAACGUACCAAAUUCAGCUCCGGAUGAAGAGAUACUUGAGUAUAUCUAGUACGUAUGCAUGGGGGGCUGCUUGUUUGGCAUAUUUAUAUAGGCAGCUAGGUAUCACGAGUAGAAGAGAUGUCAAGGGAAUCUGUGGAUAUUUAACAUUACUUGAG